CAACCAUCUCCUCCAUAAACACCCGCCCUCCCCUCUUCCCACGAACAAGAAGAUGGCUCGGACUGCUGCUGCUGCUGCUGUUGCUGUGCUGUUGGUUGCGGCCUGUGUGGUGGCGCCUUCGAUGGCGCUUCCCUUCACGGGCAGCACCAACGCCGCAGGCGGAAAGAACUGGGCCGUCCUCGUCGCAGGCUCCAACACGUGGGGCAACUACCGCCACCAGGCCGAUGUGUGCCAUGCUUACCAGGUCCUGAUCUCCCACGGCUUUGAUCCCGACAACAUCAUCACCUUCAUGUAUGACGACCUUGCCCAGAACAUCCAGAACCCCAACAAGGGUGUGAUCAUCAACCGCCCCAACGGGCCCAACGUGUACCAGGGCGUGCGCAAGGACUACACCAAGAACGACGUCACCCCACAGAACUUCCUUAACGUCAUCAAGGGCAACAAGGCCGCCAUGUCCGGCAUCGGCUCCGGCCGCGUCCUCGAGAGCGGCCCCAACGACAACGUCUUCAUCAACUUUGUUGACCACGGUGGCCCCGGCAUCAUUGCGUUCCCCUCGGACGUGCUGCAGGCCUCUGACUUGAACAACGCCCUCAGCUACAUGAACCAGAACAACAUGUACGCGCAGCUGGUCUUCUACCUCGAGGCCUGCGAGUCGGGCUCCAUGUUCCAGAACAUCCUCCCCACCAACACCAAGAUCUUUGCCACCACCGCGGCCGACGCCACCCACUCCUCCUACGCCUGCUACUACGACUCCACCCUCCACACCUACCUCGGCGACGUCUACAGCGUGAACUGGAUGGAGAACUCCGACUCGAGCGAUCUUCGCCAGGAGACGCUGUACCAGCAGUACACCAUUGUCAAGCAAGAGACCAACACCUCCACCGUGUGCCAGUUUGGCGACACCUCCUUUGACAGCAGCCCCGUCAUUGACUUCCUCGGCGGCAACAACAGCACCGCCACGCUGACACACCUGCACAGCGCCGACGGCCACAUGCACUUCCGCCGCCGCCCCACCGCCGACGCCAUCGACUCCCGCAUGGUUGAGAUUGACAUUAUGCUCAAGCGCAUUGCAGAGGCGCGCGACGACCAGGAGACGCGCACGGCCCUGCAGCAGGAGCUCGUCAGCAUGCUCCAGCUGCGCGCCGACACCCGCGCCCGCUUUGGGCGCAUUGUGUCCCGCGUUGCUGGUGAGGACAGCGUGGAGCGCCACAUGACGACCCGCCUCUCCCUUCCCGACUACACGUGCGUGGAGAAGGCCACGCGCGCGUUCCACGAUGCGUGCCUCAACCUUGGCGCGAACGCGUGGGCGCUGGAGCACACAAUGGCGUUUGUGAGCAUGUGCUCGGAGGGCGCAGACCCGGCCGAUAUUGUCGCCGCCAUCAACGACGACUGCUCCGUCAAGACGAUGAAGCUGAAGCUCUAAGCCGCUUCCCUUGCUCAUCAUCUCCCCAACCAACCCAUGUGUCUCUCUGUCUGCCACACUUUGCGUUCUCUUGUUUUCGUGUACCGCUUCACCUUGCGUGCGUUCUUUGCUGCGUGUUUGCAUCGGUCCCUGAAACGUUACGGUUGCAGGCGUGGCUUGUGCUCUUUCUUGUCCGUGCGCUUUGUUCUGCUUCACCCGCACCACACCGCAGUCACCACCACCACCCCAUAAACACACACACCCACACCCACACCCACCCGAUGAGGAAGCGUUGCUUCGUGGUUUGUGACUGAGCAAGAGUUAAGGGCGGUUUUCUUCUUGUUUGAGGUUGAUCAGGGGCAAGCACACACUCAUACACAGGGCAAGGCAGACACAGUGCAGCAGGUACACAGGGCAGUGGAAGAAGAAACAAGAAAAGCA